AUGGCUACUGCGGCAUCUGUAGGCUCUGCAUUUGAGAAGAUCGGCAUUCAUCUUGAGUGCAGCAUCUGCACAGAAAAAUACAAGAACCCAAAGGAGACGGUUCUUCCCCAGUCUGGCAUCCAGGGCCUCAAGACCAACUUCCGUUUGGUUGGUCUGAUUGAAGAAUUUGAAUUACAGGAGAAGGUAGCAUGCUCAGGAGACUCGAAGUUUCUCUGUGAGACAUGCGACGAGGAUAACGAGGCUUUGCAUCACUGUCUCGACUGCGGAAUGAAUAUCUGUACCACCUGCCGCAAGACACACUUACGAUUCCCGGUGUCGGCAAACCAUGCAGUAGCAACUUUGGAUGACAUUCGUCAGGGGAAGGACACUAUUGAAGCUAAGAAGAUAGCCAAGAGCAACAUUGCGAAGGCUCGAAAGGGGGUGCAGGGCAGAGCUGCUGAGGUCAUAGCGGAGGUCAAAUCUGAAGAGAAAAGACUUCUUGAUGAAAUCACUACCUCCAAAGAAGAACAAAUUAGGGGACUGUAUCCCCACAAACUUUGGUACCUGAGGUUCAAGAAGAGUCAGACAGCUGGUGUAAUCGAUCUGGGCGAGGUGGAGCACGAAGGGGACAAGUGGCAACUGCAUCAUGAAUUCGGCAAGCGGGGGAGUGGUGAAGGGGAGUUUAAAGGAGCCAGAGGCAUUGCUGCUGCUGCUGAACCUGGCGAGAUCGCAGUGACUGACGGCAAGAACAAGCGAGUGGUAAUCUACAACAACCAGGGACAAGCCAAGAACACCAUUCUGACAGUUGCAAAUGAUGUCGUUGCUUUAUCGCAUCAGUGGGUGUGUGCUCAUCCCGAGAAGAUAAUGGUUUACCAUAGGGACACAACGCACAAAUGUGAUUUCCACACUGUGCCAGAUGAUGAGGUUGGCAAGACAGACGUGCUUCUUGUGAGCGUAGCUGUCAAGCCCAAUGGUAACAUCAUGGUCGGUGAUAAGAAGAUGAAGGCGUUGAUUGAGCUCAAUCUCAGAAAUGGUGCUAUCCUACAUACCAUGCCAUUGAAGAUACGACCUGACUUCUUGGCUGUAAUGAGCAAUGGAUGGAUUGUGGUCAGUGACUGGGAGCAGGGACAAGUGGAGAUAGUGGAUGUGUCUGGUGGCAACCCUGUUACAGUCGCCACAAUAAAACCAACCAUCGGCGGUAAACCGGUGAAAUCAUGCAGGGGUGUAUGCAGCAACAGCUCGGGUAUCUACUUUGCAGCGAUUACAGGCAAAGUCAACACCGGUCACAUUCACCACCAUGGUCGUGCUGGUCAGUUUAUCAGCUGUGUGGCCCAGGGUCUUUACGACCCCUAUGGUAUUACAAUCACAGCGGACGGGCAGCAGAUGGCAGUGGCUGACCUGUACUCAUGUCCCAAGAUCAUCUGCAGUCGCGGCGCCACUGUUCUCCAUCAGGGUCUUCACCAUAGAUUUGUACGGGCGCCCACGGUUCAUCCUCCCGUGGGUUGGUUCCGCGAUGAUGACUGUGCUAGCAGGCAGCUCUGGGUGUCACAGGCAGUGCCCUGCCAGCAGUCGCAUCCGUCUUCCUGCUAUCUUGUUGUUCAACUUAGGGAGGUCACCAUAGAGUUGCUUGUUGGUUACUCUCUGCGUCCAGUCGACAUUGAAGGCCAUCCAGAGCAUCCGGGUGUAGCAGCCAUCAAGAGACUUGGCCAUGAUUCAAUUGGCGCUCAUCUUGAGUGCAGCAUCUGCACAGAUAAAUACAAGCAGCCGAAAGUACUGAACUGCCUCCAUAGCUUUUGUGAGGAGUGUCUUGUAAAAUACCGUGAUGGCACACACCGAGGAGCACCACAAAUCCCUUGCCCUGUGUGUUGUCAGGAGACGGUACUUCCACAGUCUGGCAUCCAGGGCCUCAAGACCAACUUUCAUUUAGUUGGUAUGAUUGAGGAAUUUGAAUUACAGGAGAAGGUAGCAUGCUCAAGAGACUCGAAGCUUCUCUGUGAGACAUGCGACGAGGAAAACGAGGCUUUGCAUCACUGUCUCGACUGCGGAAUGAAUAUCUGUACCACCUGCCGCAGGACACAUUUACGGUUCCCGGUGUCGGCAAACCAUGCAGUAGAGACGUUGAAUGACAUUCGCCAGGGGAAGGUGAACGUGACUAAAAAACCGGACCAGUCCAAAUGUCACAAACACAAGGAGGGUGUCACACAAUUCUAUUGCAAGACAUGCGACGAGCUGAUCUGCCAAGUAUGCACUGUCUUAGAUCAUUCUAAACCCGAUCACGACAUAAUCGACAUCGCAAAAGCUUCAAAAGGAUUCAGACAGUCACUGAGGAAAGGCUUUUCUGCUUUUGAAGAAGACAUUAAGGGCCUUGAAGUAUCCCUACAGGGUGUGGCUUCAUCUAAGAAACUUUUGAACGACAACACGGUAACGGCUCGAAAGAGGGUGCAAGGCAGAGCUGCUGAUGUAAUAGCAAAGGUCAAAGCUGAAGAGAAACAACUCCUCGAUGAGAUCACUACGCAGGAAAAGGAACAACACAAGCGACUGGACGAGCACAAGAAGACACUAAGCUCCCUACUACAUAGAAAGAAACAUUGCCUACAGACCAGCCAAGAAGUAACGAAAAAUGCAUCAGAUUCCCACUUCCUUUCCCUCCAUCCCGUGAUCAGCACAGACAUGGACAAGCUCAGAGGUCAACCAACUCCCACGAUGGCAGGGUUGAAGUUGCAUCCCGUGUUCGUUAAGAGCAAGAACCUUGACAUCGAUCUGGGCAAGGUGAUGGUGGAAGACACAUGGGAGCAGCUUCAGUGCUUUGGAAAGCAGGGGAGUGGUGAAGGGGAGUUUGAAUCAGCCAGUGGCAUUGCUGCUGCUGCUGACCCUGACGAGAUUGCUGUGGCUGACUGGAAGAACAAGCGAGUGGUAAUCUGCAACAGCCAGGGGCCUACUAAGAAAUACCUUCCGAUAAACGCAAAUGACGUUGUUGCUGUAUCGAAUCAGUGGGUGUGUGCAAACCCCGGCAAGAUGAUGGUUUACGAUAGGGACACCACGCACAAGUUUGAUUUCCGCACAGUACCAGAUGAUGAGGUUGGCAAGACAGCCGUGCGGCUCGCGAGCAUGGCUGUCAUGCCCAACGGUAACAUCAUAGCGGGCGAUAAGGAGAGGAAGGUGUUGACUGUGCACAAUCCCAGAAAUGGUGAGAUCCUACACACCAUGCCAGUGAAGAUAAAACCUGACUUCUUGGCUGUACUGAGCAAUGGUUGGAUUGUGAUCAGUGACUCGAAGCAGGGACUAGUGGAGAUAGUGGAGGUUUCUAAUGGCAACGCUGUGACUGUUACCAGAAUCCAGCCAACCAUCGACGGUAAACCGGUGAAAAACUGCCAGGGUGUAUGCAGCAACAGCUCGGGUAUCUACCUUGCAAUGGACACAGGGUACGUCAACACCGGUCACAUACACCACUAUAACUGUGCAGGUCAGUUUGUCAGCUGCGUGGCCCAGGGUUUGUACAACCCCUGUGGAAUCACAUUCACAGAAGACGGGCAGCAGCUGGCAGUGGCUGACCUGUACUCAGUAAAGAUAUAUCACAAGGUGUGAUGCCAACGAUGUCAUCCAGCAUAAA